AUGGCAGAGAAACCUCAGUUAAGUUCUUGGUCCUCUGGCUUAUGCGGAUGCUUUUCCGACUGUGAAGCUUGUUGCAUCACUUUCUGGUGCCCAUGCAUCACCUUCGGAAGAAUUGCAGAGAUCGUAGAUAGAGGAGCAACCAGUUGUCUUCUGCAAGGAGCACUAUUCUACAUACUGGGUGGUUUUACGCAUUUUGUGUCAUUCUAUUCAUGCAUUUAUCGCACAAAGUUAAGGAAGCUAUAUAAGAUUGAAGGCAGCGAAACUUGUGAUUGCAUUGUGAGUAGCUUCUGCCCUCACAUGGCGCUUUGCCAGGAGUAUCGCGAGCUCAAAGCUCGUGGAUUCGAUAUGUCUGCGGGAUGGCAAGGAAAUGUGGAAUUGCAGACUCCCGGCGCCGUAGCAGUGACAGCUCCGGUGGUGCAAGGUGGCAUGAGCCGCUAACUUAUGAUCCG